AUGCUGCGCCGAGCAAUAAGCUCUUUGGACCUCAGCCUCUUAUGCAUCAUGCUCUGCACAUGGCUGCUGUGCAAUGCCCAACGGGAGUCAGGCACGCCAGCUAUCCAGCUACGUCUAGUCGGAGCGAAACGGAAGAAACACGAGGGCCGACUAGAAGUUCUCUACAACGGCGAGUGGGGAACAGUCUGCGAUGAUGACUUCUCCAUCUACGCUGCCCAGGUGGUGUGCAGAGAACUCGGCUUUGUGGACGCUGAGUCAUGGACACCCUCAGCCAAGUAUGGCAAGGGACACGGCCGAAUCUGGCUCGACAAUGUGGAUUGCAACGGGAGGGAGAAGAGUCUCGCCGAGUGUCGCCACAACGGCUUUGGUGUGAGCGACUGCAAACAUUCCGAAGAUGUCGGGGUGGUGUGCUCCCAGCAGCGCAUUCCGGGCUUCAGGUUUAUGCGGAAUCAGGCCAACAGCGAUGCGCGUUCACCCGUGAGUGUGGAGGAUGUGCGAAUAAGGGCCACGUAUUCUCACCGAAAAAGGAUUAUCAUCACCGAGGGCUUUUUGGAGGUGAAAGACGGAGGAAAGUGGAAGCAGAUCUGCAACGCGGACUGGACAGAGAUGAACAGCAGGGUCAUCUGCGGCAUGUACGGCUUCCCCGCCGACAAGCGCUACAACGACAAGCCCUACAAAUUGUUGGCGAAACGACGCAAGAAGAACUACUGGGGCUUCUCUGUCAACUGCACUGGCAACGAGGCCGACCUCUCUGAUUGCAAACUGGGCAGGGAAAUCGAGCUGAAGGGCAACAACACCUGUGAGCAGGGCAUGCCUGUCGUGGUCAGCUGCGUUCCUGGACGUUCCUUUGCUCCCAGCCUCAGCACGGGCUACAGGAAGGCGUACAGAAUGGAGCAACCCCUAGUGAGGCUGAAAGGUGGAGCCAUGAUAGGGGAAGGUCGCGUGGAGGUGUUGAAGAACGGCGAGUGGGGCACGGUGUGUGAGGACAACUGGAACAUCCAAGCUGCCACCGUGGUUUGUCGGGAGCUGGGCUUCGGCAGUGCCAAAGAGGCCUUGAUUGGUGCUAGCAUGGGACAAGGCAUCGGGCCCGUGCACAUGAACGAGGUGGAGUGUUCUGGCUUUGAGAAAUCUUUGACGGAGUGUCGUUUCAAUCGGGACGCUCUGGGCUGCAGCCACGACGGAGACGUUGCGGUCAAGUGCAACGUUCCUGCCAUGGGCUUUCAGAACAGACUGCGGUUGUCCGGCGGACGUAAUCCGUACGAGGGCCGCGUGGAGGUUCUCACAGACAGGAACGGCUCUCUGGUGUGGGGGGCAGUGUGCAGUGAGAGCUGGGGAACCAUGGAAGCCAUAGUGGUGUGCAGACAGCUAGGCUUGGGAUAUGCCAGUCACGCCUUCCAGGAAACUUGGUUCUGGCAAAGCGAUGGUACGGCUGAUAAUGUGGUGAUGAGUGGAGUGAGAUGUUCAGGCACUGAGUUGGCUCUGGAUCAGUGCCUGCAUCACGGAAAACACAUUCAAUGUCCUAAAGGGGGCGGACGCUUUGUUGCUGGGGUAUCCUGUACUCCGACGGCCCCUGACCUGGUCCUAAACGCCCAGGAAGUGGAGCACACGGCUUACCUAGAGGACAGACCUAUGUACGCCCUGCAGUGUGCCCAGGAGGAGAAGUGUCUGUCCAGCAGUGCCGACAAGGCAGACCACAACUCUUAUCGCCGCCUGCUGCGCUUCUCCUCUCAGAUCCACAACAAUGGCCAGUCAGACUUCAGGCCGCGGGCAGGCCAUCAAUCGUGGACUUGGCACGAAUGCCACAGACAUUUCCACAGCAUGGAGGUGUUCACCCACUAUGACUUGAUGACUGUUAAUGGAACUAAAGUGGCAGAGGGUCACAAAGCCAGCUUCUGUCUGGAGGACACACGGUGUGCAGAAGGCAUUGAGAAGAAAUAUGAAUGCGCCAACUUCGGAGCUCAGGGCAUCACGGUGGGCUGCUCGGAUACCUACAGGCAUGACAUCGACUGCCAGUGGAUCGACAUUACAGACGUCCCACCUGGUGACUACAUCAUGCAGGUUGUGAUCAACCCAAACUACGAGGUUGCGGAAUCCGACUACACCAACAACAUCAUGAAGUGCCGCAGUCGCUACGACGGAAAUCGCAUCUGGAUGUACAACUGUCAAAUAGGUGGCUCGCGGAGUUCAGAAAGCGUCGAAACAUUUCCCGGGCUGCUGACCAAUCAGCUUUCGCACAGGUAGACGGACGGAUGGGCAUACGGACAGAUGAACGGCCAUUCAGGAAGUGCGGGGAGAAAGUGUCUCACAACCACUAAAGGAGAAAGGAGGCUAGAGUUAAGGACGUGGGACAAAUGGACACUAAGUAGUUCACAGAGAACCUUUUACAAAAUGUGUUGUAAAGAUGUCAAUGUCUAUAAAAUCCUGGUUUGCUGCUGAUAAACUGACAAUGUGGUAAAAAGCAGCCAUAUUUGUUUUAAACUGACUGUGAGAAAAACAAUCCAGUAAAUUAUUCCAUCGAUUCGCCACAAGCAGUACAGCUUUUAUUUCGUGGUGUAUUUGUAGAAAUGUACUUUUUUUUCUUUUUUUUUUUAAAUAUGUGGUGCUUUUUAAUCACUACGUCAGGGAACAUUGCAGCCAAAUAUUUUUGUAAAUGAAAUGUGCCAACAAUUACCUUUGCGUGGUCAGCACAAGAAACCCUCACCUCCAUUUUGUCCAGGAAAAACAUUUGUCGCUUACAUUGCUUCUUAUUGAUGGUUUGAAUUGAUGUUCUACAUGAAUAGCAAUCAAAGUCGCAAAAGGUCAAAGUUCAACAUACGUAAUGCUAGUUGAUUUUCUUUGGGGACUUAAAAGCGACACAUUUUAAAGUAUUUGUGUCUUCUGCCAAGGAGUUUGAAUUUCAAAUACUUGACCUCGCCUUUGCAAAUGUUUUAUUUAUUCACUUUUUGCUUUUCACUUUCCACAUACUGUCCCUGAUCUGUUUUAUCCCCUCAACCUCCGUUAAAUUAUUGCUAUCAGGGACCGUAGCAAAGCCUCAAAUGUGUCUGUGUGAAAAUGCAUUUUUUGUUGUCAUUUUGUAAAUGUGACUCGUUCCCUUCAUUUUGUAAGGGUGUCAGUCACGUGCUGCCUGCCAGAUUUGACAUUCUCAAUAGUAAAGGUAGAUGGUGAAAGGCACAACUGCAUUUCUGUGAUUAAAGCUGUGUGUUGAAUGCUGUGAGCACUAAACCAGCCCAGAACAUUCAGCAGUUAAUGUUCGGUUUUUUUUCUAUGCUUACUCCUCUGAAAAGUGCCUUGUACAAAACAACAACAAUGACAUAAAAAAGCCUGUAAAUGAUAAAAAAAAAAAAUCUCAAUGUCACAAUAUUCACCGUGCUUCGAUAUUAUCAAUAAUGAGCCGUUGAAUAAAAUGUCAUUUUGUUCAGCA